AUGAAUUUAGAUGAUUCACAACAACAACAAAUAACUCAAAAUCAAAAUCAAAAUCAAAAUCAACAAUACCUCCAUCAACAACAAAAUCAAAAUUUACAACAUUCUCCACAACAGUCGUUUUAUCGUCAACAACAGCAUCAGUUUUCACAACCAUUACCAAUUUCGUCACUAGGUCAACAAAGAAUACCAGAAAAUUAUCAGCAACAACAACAAUUAAUUGAAAAUGCACAAAAUUUUCCAUUCAUAAAACAAGAACAAAUAGAUUUAUCACAACAAGUAUACCCAAAUUUUUAUAAUCAAUUACCACAAUCAACCGAAAAUAUAAUACCUCAAAGUUUUCAAUUUGAUUAUCAGACACCUCAAAUUCCUCCUCCUACUGCACCUCAGCAACAACAGCAACAAAUUCCUCAACAAAUUUCACCUCAACAACCACCAAUUUUAGAAUCUAUACCAAAUGAACCAAUAAUUAAACAAACUCCUACACCAAGAAGAAAGAAACAAAAACUGGAGUCAAAUGAACCUCCAGGUGAAAAUGAAUUAAAACAGUUGGCUAUAAAACAAUCAGAAGUACCAUUAUCGGAAUUGGCCAUGCGCAUAAAACAAUUAGAGAAUGAAUUACCACAAGAAUCACAACUAGAACAGAGUAGAAUAAAAGAACAAAAAGAGACUCAACGAUCUUUAUUUGGUAUGGUUUGGUUAUUGAAUUCUUGUGAAGCUUCACCAACUGCAGUUAUACCGAGGAAUAGAAUUUAUGCAAGAUAUGUUCAAGUUUGCGCUGAUAAUAACUUAUCACCUUUAUCACCAGCGAGUUUUGGUAAAUUAGUGAAAAUUUUAUAUCCUUCAAUAACAACAAGAAGAUUAGGUAUGAGAGGUCAAUCAAAAUAUCAUUAUUGUGGAGUCAAACUAAAAGGUGAUCAGAAUAUGCAAAUGCAACAGCAACAACAAAUAUUAAACUUGAAACAACCACAACCACAACCUCAACAGUUACAAAUGGGAUUAGGAUCUGGUUUUACAAUUCACUCACCAGUUAGCUCAACAAAUUCAUCAAUAUCAUUCGAAGACUCACCUAUUUCAAGAAGUCAAGUUAAUACACCAUCUUAUACUCCAAUAAAUUCACCAUCAAUUACUACCACAUCUAUAAAUUCAUUAGCUGAUCAACUACCAUCGGUUUCUCAUAUGAAAUAUAUACCAAACUUAUUUGAAAUGUUGAAUAAUAACUCAAUAUCACCAGAUACAAAUCCUUAUUCACCAAUCAAUUUACCUUCAAUAUAUCCGUAUUUAACAAAAGAUGUUGAUUAUGACAUUGCCGAUACGUUAUAUUCAUUGUAUAAAGUUCAUAUAAAUUCAAUCUUUGAGUCUGUUAGAUUCAUGCAAUUGAAAAAGUUACUUUCAUGCUUUGUGAAUUUUAAUAAUAUUUUAACGGCACCUGUUUCAAAAUUGUAUUGUCAAGAUUUUUUAAUUGGUUGGGUCAAAAAAUGUGAUACCAUCAUGUAUAAGAAAAUUGUGAGAAUGUUAGUAAAGUUACAAUUGCAAUUUAUUUUACCAAAUACUGUAAGUAAUGAGCAAUUAAAGAUUAUUUCAACAAAUUAUUUAAAAACUUUAUCAAACUCUCUUAUUAAUUCAAAGGUUUCAAAAAAUUUUAUCAUUAUGAAAUUGAAAUUAGCAAAACAUUUUGUAAAUUUAUUGAAUAGAUUAAUUAAAAUAAUUGAAACUGGUUUACCUGCAUCAAGAAUAUUAGUUAAUUUAAAUGAGAAAGACUUAAUGUUUAAAGAUUGGAUUAAAUUAGAUUUAAAUGAAUUAAUUCAAAGAGAGAUGCCUUGUAAUAAUGAUAAAAAUUUGAAUACCUUGACAUAUAUUUUAAAUCAUGAAGUCACAAAUUUAAUUAAAACUAAUGAAUAUGGAAUAAUGCAAAGUGUUGCAUCUUAUUUGAGUAAAUUACCAGGUAGAUUCAAUGAUAUUAAUCCAAGAUUGUUUUUAUUAUUAGCAUCGAAUUUAUUAACUGCAUGUUUAAGAGAGAUCAGUCUUUCUGGUGGUGAGGGUUUUGGUGCUUGGUGGAUUGUUAGAUGUUGGAUUGAUGAAUAUUUAGCAUGGGUUGUAGAGUUGGGUGGAUUUUUCAAAGAUGAUUUAAUUGAAGAGAAAUUACCUAUUCAAGAACAAGAACUUCGACGACCAUCAAAUUUAAUUAUACAAGAACAAGAACCAAAUGAGAAUAACAAUACUGCAUCUAUCGAUUUGUUGGAAACAUCAUUUGAAUAUGAUAAAGAUUAA